AAUUACUUAUUUAUUUUUGUACAAUAUAAAAUUUGAAUAUACUUAAAGUAAUGUAAUAAACAUUUCCUCUGACAUUACUUUGUUACAAAUGUAUCGAAUUUAAAAAUUUAAUCGAUAUAUUUAUGUAUAAAUCGAUCUUAACUAAGAAACGUCACGCGCCAAAAGCAUCGCUGAAUCCAUGCUGAAGUGCUGAAUCUCACGGAUGAAGAAGUAAUAUAGAGCUCCUAAUAUGGCUAGCGAUAAAAAAUCAGGAAAGUCUUCAAAAGGUACGAAGUCUACCACAGAAAUAUUAUCUGAAUUUCAAAUGCUUCGCAAUGAACAAAGGGCAAUGGCCAAUAAAUUAUCAGAAAUGGAGAUGGAACUAAAUGAACACAAGAUCGUAAUUGAUACAUUGAAAAAUAUAGACCCGAAAAGAAAAUGUUAUCGAAUGACUGGAGGAGUUUUAUGUGAACGUACUGUAGAGGAUGUAAUGCCUGCAUUGGUAACAAAUAAAGAACAGUUAAUUAAAGUCAUAGAUGCCCUAAAUGAUCAGUUAACAAAAAAAGGACUCGAAAUAAAUGAAUUCAAAGAGAAGCACAACAUUAGAAUUAGAGGACAACAGGAUAUGCAACAACGACAAGGUGAAGACAAAGAUUCCAAAGAAGCAAAAAGAAGUGCUGUAGUUGUUAAUUCACUAUUAAGCAAUUAUUCAUAAAAUCAAAAUUUUCUAUUUACAAUACAUUUCCUGCUUACAUAUAAAUCACAUUUUGGCACUUAUUUAUUACAUCUUCAAAGAUAAUAUUGUAUUUGAAGUAUAUAAAUAUUCAAUUUUCUAAUGAUUAUGUAUUUUUUGAUUUUUCUUUAUCGAUAAAAAGUAUAUAACUUCAAAUAA